AUGCGCAGCAAAAUACCCGCAAGCACGUCCUCACCUCGUCCUCACGUGCACGUGAAUGACUACGAGCGAAUUAACUCGCCCGGCGAUGUCAUCCGUGUAGCCAUGGCGAAGAACGCGAGCAAGGCGGGAAGAUCUACUGCCGCCUCCUGUGCGAGCUGUGACGGGGACGACGGCGACGACGCUGAGGAGGAUUGGCCGGAGAACGGCCACGACGACAGUGCUUCGGGCGACGAAGUGGCCCGUGCCGACAUCGAGAAGGACGAAUGGUGGAAUCGCCCGGUCGGGAGUGACGACGAAGUGGAAGAGUGGCGGGCUGGUGAUUCGGACAACGACGAAGGCGCCGAGGCUGAAGGUGACCAAGCGGCUACAGCAGCGGAUGCACCGGAGGCUGGCAACGAGGCGGAAGUGGAUGCUGAGGCAGUGGCGCCCGCGGAGGUGGCUGCCCUUGCGGAUGCGGAUGCUGUGGUGGAGGCGGAUACGGCUGCUGCGGAAGGAUGUGCUGAUGCCGUCCUGCUUGACAAUGAAUGCGAGGUCGACGACCCGUGGAGCAUUGUGGCGUACGACGACGUUCCGCUACUGAAGCGGAGGUUGCGCCAUCGCCUACAGUCCAGUCAGAAGCGUGCACGGGUGGUGCUAUCUGACGAUAACAACCCGGGGGUGGAGCGUCGCCCGAUACUCACCGCUGCAGCGAAGGGUAAAAGCAAGGUCGCGGAAGCCCCUGCUAAGGCCACUGCUCGUCGCCGCACAAGCAACAACGGCGACCCUGGAUCCAGCAAGGGUGCUGCUAAGAAGAAGGCGAAGAAGACGCCGAAUCCGGACGACAUCGUCGUCAACGAGACUCUGAGCAGCGACGACGAUUACGCGGAAGCGGCGGGCCCGAUUCCUUCAUUCCCUGAGAAGCCCACGCCGAAAGACCCCACCCUCGAUAAUCCCAACACCCGCCCACCUUCCCCUCGCAGCAAGGACACUGCGAAAAAGCGACACGGAUGGACCGUGCGCGAGAAGCUGAAGUGGGCGCGCCGCUACCAGGAGCUCGGCUCCUUGAACAAGACGAGCUUGGAGUCAACGGCCUCCAUCGCCUGCAUCAGACGCUGGACCAUCUCGGUGAAGGACACCCAGAAGUGGAGCCGCGAGUGGAUGAAGAAGCAUUACCCGGGCAAGAACUGGAACGCGAGCUCUCAUUGGAGCCAGCGUUUCCAUGACCGCUGGAACCUAGUCAUGCGGGUGAAGACCAAGGUCGGUCAACGUUUAUUGGCAGGGAACCUGCGGAGGCCUCCGCACCCCGUGGUGCUGCAGUGGAUCGCGGAGGCUUGGGAUCAAGUCCCCAAGCAGAUCAUCAUCGACGCGUUCCGCCACUGUGGGAUUUCAAGCAAGCUCGACGGAACGGAGAACCACCUGGUGAUGUCUCACCUGCGCGCCAGGAGCACCACCGAUGUCUCCGAGGACAUGACCCUCGGAGGGACCACGGGCGACAACACGCGCCUGCUCGGUCAGGCGCCAGAGGAGGAGGAAGAGGAGGAGGGGAUGCAGGCGGAGGGCGUGAGGGAGGUGGCCGUGGCAACCGGCCUGGAGGUGCUGUACCAGGAGACCCCCAACUACCGCGGAGCGGCGGCCGAGGCUGACCGCAUGAUCGAGCCUAGGGAGACGGCUAGGCAUGCCUGGCGAGUGCCAGACCUGCGUGUAGAGCCUGUUGUUAGUGCAGGUGAUGAGGCGGUGACUGAGGAGGGUUAG